AUUCUUUCAUAUACAUUAGGAGGGAGACAACUUCUUGUUCUUUUUCUUAUUGAGAUAUGUUUAUUUAUUUAUUUUAUAUAUUUUUUUUAAAUACAUAGAGACAAACAUAUUAAUUUAUAUCAAAGUUUUUUUUUUAUUUUUUUUUUUAAUUUUUUUAACACAAUUGCUAAUGUAAUUCUAAACCUCAUACGACAUAGUUCAUUAAUACUUUAUACUAUACAAUUGCAUAAUCUUAAUUGUUUUACAACUUAAUCUUGAAAUCAUCUAUAAUCCUAUACACACAAGUCAUAGUUGUGACAAAAUUAUUCUGACUCGGAGAGAGUAGCUAAAUGUCGAGUAAUAGUGACGGGCGGUCGGGCGCCCAACCUCUUAUCCGUUGAGCCAAACGAUCAAAUAUUGGUUUUCCAGGCAACUCUACCACUGUGAAGUAGAGUGUAGUAAUGUUCACCAAGAAACUGAUGCUUCUGCGAUUUCACUCCCAUUUUCUGACUCCUCCCUACUUCUUUCCCAAACUUCUUCUCUCCUCCACCUCUACUCUCUCCUUUCGCCGCAUCACCACCGCAUGUUCCGCCGCUGUAAUCUCAUCUCAUUCUCUCUCCUCCACCUCCUAUGGCCCUUCUCUUCAAAAGGGUACUCUUCCCUUAAAACCCCAUCAAAACCCCAUUUUGAAUUCCGCCAUUAAUCCACCCCAACAAGCUCAAACCCCCGAAAAUGGCGAUGAAAUCCCAUUUGAGGAAGACCAUUUUACCCGGGUGUUUGAGAUUGCUGCAAUUCGGGUUCCCUCGGAGCGGUGUUUUGAGUUAGAGGGUAGGAUUCGAGGGCAUUUGCUUAAUUGGCCUCGUGUUUCGAACAUUGCUAGGGUUCCUGGGGAUGAAAUUGAUGAGGAAGUUCAAGGGUUGUUGAUGGAGGAUAAGGGGUUAGGAACAGAGGAGGAAAAUGAGGUUGAAAAGGCGGUGAGUCGAAGGAUUUAUGGGAAAGCUGAAGGGGAUGGGGAGGAAUUGAGUGGGGUUUUGUAUAGGGAUAAGCUUGCUAAGGAGUUUAAUGCAAGGGGGUUUGUGAAGUUUCGGAAUUUGGCUAAGAUUUCGAGGCCUAAUAGGAAGAAGAAGAGGCGAAAGGAGGGGCAAAGUGAUAAGGAGAGUCGCGGCGAGGAGGGGGAGAAGUGGAAGGGGAGGAGGAGGAGUGUAAUGGUGGAGGUUAUCGAGGAGUGUGAGGGCGAGGGUGAAAAUGUUGGUGGUGAUUUGAGUGGGUUGUUAGGGGAUGAGUUUAAGGGGAGGAAGUGGAGGGGGUCUACUAGGUUGUUGCUUUUGGAUGAAACAUAUGCUGGGAAGAAAUUUGAUGAGCUUCCUGAAGCUGUUAAGGCAGCUUUUAUGGAAGGUUCAAGCGAGGCUACAAAGUCAAGUUGUGAGUUAGUGAGGUGCAAUUUGACCUUGUCGUAUGAUUACUGGUCAAAUGAUGAGGUGUUAGAGGCUUUGUUGCCUAAGGAUAUGAUUAUUCCCUCUGCUUUUGAAACUGUUGGGCAUAUUGCACACCUGAACUUAAAAGAAGAACAUUUACCAUACAAGAAGGUUAUUGCAAAGGUAGUUCUGGACAAAAAUAAACCAAAGAUUCAAACAGUUGUAAAUAAAAUUGAAGCCAUCAGUAAUGACUUCAGAACGAUGGAGCUGGAGGUACUAGCUGGAAAUCAUUCCCUUGUUACGAUUCUAAGUGAGAAUGGGUUGCGUUUCCAAAUCGACCUAGCGAAAGUCUACUGGAAUUCCAGGCUAUCAACUGAAAGACAGAGGCUCAUAAGUUGCUUUACGAGUGAUGAUGUCUUAUGCGAUGUUUUCUCUGGGGUUGGUCCGAUAGCUAUAUCCGCAGCAAAGAAAGUAAAACGUGUAUAUGCAAAUGAUCUGAAUCCUUAUGCAGUUGAUUAUCUUGAAAGAAACACUGUCCUCAAUAAACUUGAGAGGAAAAUUAAGGUAUUUAACAUGGACGGGAGAAGAUUUAUUGAAGCUAUAUUCUCAAGUGAGACCCAUCCCGUCACACAAGUUGUCAUGAAUUUGCCGAAUAAUGCAGUGGAGUUUCUAGAUGCCUUUCGUGGGAUUUUUAGUUACAAAACCAGAGAGAGAAAACUGACUUUGCCGAUGAUCCAUGUUUACGGAUUCUCAAAGGCUGAAGAUCCGGAAUUUGAUUUCCAUGAGCGGAUAAGAGUCGCGCUAGAAGAGGCUGCUGUCGCUGUUGAAAUGCGUCGUGUUCGUGCUGUUGCACCAGGAAAAUGGAUGCUGUGUGCCUCUUUUGUACUUCCUGAGAAGGUAGCUUUUAGUAAGUCCAAUGUAGAUUGUAAAUAAUAUUUAUCCAAAGCUGAUUAUAGGUUAUUAUAGGUCAAUUUUGCUCCAUGCUAUAUAACCCUUAAUUAGUUGCAUUUAGUUGUAUGCUUCUAUUAGCCUUUCUCUUUGGUUAUUUUUCUUCAAAAUCAUACUUACUCUUUUACCUUUUUUAAUCAAAUCCAAAACAAACCAGACCGACCAAUUUAUUAAGUGCUAGUACAACAUAAAUGGUCUUUUGUUUUUUCUAUGGCUAUUUUGAGCAUAUUAAUUU